CUGAGGUCUUGGCAGAUCACAUUGUCACGUUCUUGCUCCUAAAAGACGCAGCGAAAGCGGCUACAUUAUCAACGCAAUGGAGGUACUGCUGGAGAAAUGUUCCUCAACUAGUAUUUGAUUCUGAUUUUGCUCGAACCCGUUGGUCUGAAUCCGAAUCAAAUGUGCAUGACCUGAUGAACAAGAUUUUUACGAAGUUGCGAUUCUCCAUAAUAGCAAAUCCCACAACCAAGUUUGUGCUUGCAAUCCCUGGAUUAAGACCAUGUGACGAAAUUGAUCACUUCAUUCUUUACCUUGCCAACAACAAAAAGCUCAAGGACUUCACCCUUCGAAUACUCCACGAAUCAGGGUGGUAUCGUAUGUUUAUGACCUCAGGAAUUUCCCUUGUUUGCUGCUAUUGAACUCAAUACCCUCAAACUGCAAAGCUGUGAAUUUAGACCACCUCCUGGGUUUGUGGGCUUCAACAAGCUUGCCCAUCUCGAACUUAAUAACGUAAUGUUGGACGAGGAUUUCUUCGUCGAUUUUGUUACCAAGUGCCCGCUGCUAGAAGAUUUGAGGAUAAUAGAUUGUUGUGGGUUAGGCUCUCCUUUUGGAAUCGAUGCUAAACUAUAUUUGAUGAGAUCGAUUCCAAAACUAAUAAGAUAAACUUCAUUGAUUAUAUUAAUUAUUAUAACAAGAUUGAGAUUAUUAUGUCAUCGAAUGUGUGUAAUAUGCUACUUCUAAUUUUUUUUUUAUCGUUUCACUUUGUUAGUAAAAUCGAUAUUGAAUCAAAUCCCUUGCCAAUGCUGAAGCCCGAAAUGAAUCAAAUCCAGACUUCCUAUCUCUUCAACAGGAAGCUAAAUUUCGAGAGGAACUGGAAAAUACUCUUUGGCAAGAGGAACUUCUUUGGAUGCAGAAAGCUAGGGCCACCUCGAUCAAUCAUGGGGACAAAAAUAAUACCUACUUCCACACUGUAGCACUUACAAGGCGGCGUAGGAAUAAGGUGACCAAGCUUCAGGGUAGCGAUGGUACUUGGGUCGAAGAUUCACAAGUGCUGGAAGACAUGGCCAGAGAUUUCUACAUUCAUCUCUUCACUGAAGAUGUUGCAACAAGGCCACGUGUAGCGGCCAAAUUUCCCGCCCUUGAGGAGAAUCUCACUAGAAGCAUGGCAGCCAUUUCAACUCUGGACGAAACCCGAAGAAUCAUUAAGGCAAUGGGUGGUCUCAAAGCACCGGGCAAGGACGAUUUCCAUGCCAUUUUCUAUCAGAACUGCUGAACUUUUAUAGGAAAUGACUUCCACCAACACCUUGUUCGAUGCUUCAGAGAGCCUGAUCACAUCGCUCACUGCAACAUGACCCUUCUGACCUUGCUGCCAAAGUGUGAUUCUCCCAAGUCGAUGGGGCAAUUUCGACCUAUCGGACUCUGCAAUGCCAGCUAUUAGGCCGUGGCGAAAUGUCUGGCAAACCGUUUGAAGAGCCUUAUGCCUCUUUUGAUCAAUGAAAAUCAGACCAGUUU